AGAAGAAUUAAACUCUCUACAUUGCUCAUGGGAGACGGACGCUGUAGUUAGCACUGUCUUAUUGAAAGAAAAAGUCGAUGAUUUUGACCUGCAAGACUUAGAACGCGCAGCAAAUGCAAGGCGUGCGUGGUUUGUUAAUGACGAGUUUACCAAGAAUUUAAAAAACAGACUUUGGUACUUGAGGCCCGAACUGCUCACCCGUUGCGGCUUCUCUUAUGAAACAUCAGAAGAUGACGGUAGUCUGGAACGUAGUCACCUCAUGACCAUCGCUAAUGAAUUCAAAAGAUUAUACAAUUUACAAUCGACGAAAGAUUUUAUUAUUAUUGACUUAAAGAAAUACAAGGACAUUGGAGAAGCAUGCAAUGCCAUUAGCACAUCUUGGUGUACUCUGAAUUUAUUUCCCAAUUACGGAGAAUUUGAAACCUCUAUUCAGCUUGAUUCGCGUUUAGCAUUUUGUGAACUCAAGCUUGAAGAUUUUGUCAAUGUUUUACCUGGAGAGACCGAUGAUUAUCGUGAAUAUUUUGAAAGUCUAUAUCCUGAUACUCUCGAUAUUUUAUGUAACGAAGAAAUGGACGAUAGGAAUGUCGAUGAGUUGAUAUAUAUUACAAAUAGUAAAAGAGCGUUGCCCACAUCCGACUUUCGCUAUAAAGAAAAACUCUGGUACAUAAGACGUGCCCUAUUGUCAUACUAUAAUAAAACACCAAAGAAUCGAUGGAAUAAAAAAAAACCAAACAAUAGUGGAUGA